AUGAAUUUAAAAGCUCAAGGGUUGGAGCACGCUGUUAAAGAUAAUAAAAGUUUCUCUGGUCAAGCAACUGAUGCUACCACUUCUGCAAUGACGAUUGUAGAACCUGAUUUCAAAUCCAUAAUUGAUUACAAUUCAACCAUACAUGAGAUAGUAUCUAUAUUGAGAUAUUGUGGUCAUCCAGUCACCGAUGAACAAAUGAUUGAAAAAACACUCACUACCUUUCAUGCAAGCAACAUACUAUUGCAAGAACAAUAUCGUGAAAGAGGUUUUAAAAAGUUUAAUGAAUUAAUGAGUGUAUUGCUUGUUGCGGAACAAAAUAGUGAUCUUUUGUUGAAAAAUCAUAAUCUUAGACCAAAUGGGUCUUUGGCCACUCAUCAUGAGGCAAAUGCAACAAGUUCUUAUCCACCCGAGGCAAAUGCUGCACGAAGAGGUGGACGUGGAAAUUACAAUAGCCGUGGAAGAAGCCAUGGAAAUUAUCGCGGACGAGGCCAAGGACGUGGUAGAAAUAAUUUUCAAAGAAACAGUAAUUUAAAAAAAUUUGAAAAACAGAAGGGACAGUCAUCUGGAACCUGUUGGAAUAUUCAGAAUGUUGAUGGUUGCGUACUCGGGAACCAUGAGUAG